AUGAGCCAAAACUCUACUGAGGUGAUCGCUAGGACGAUAGAUAUCAUCGAUGGGAUUAAUUUUGUUACUCAACCAGCCAAGUCAGUCAAUUCGCCAUUCACAAGUUUGGUUAAGGACGCAAACAUAUUGUUGAAUGCUAAUGAUCCUUAUGCCGUUGUUGAAAAUUAUCUAUUAGACAGAGCUGCCACUACUGCCGCCACUACUGCCGCCACCACCAAUGUUGGUUCAGAAGCUAGUCAAGGCGAAAUUUCGCCAGAAACUGGGUUUCUCUCAGUAACGUCUGAUGCACGUACCUUGUUCAAAAACUUGCCUAUCUUGUCUAGAUCUUCAUUUAGAAACAACAAGGUUGUCAACCACGUGGAAAUUGUUGAUGGUGACUUUAGCGUAGUAUCAUCACUCAAGGACUUGAGCUACCCAGUUUUGGUCUCACAAACUGCAUCACAAGCUUACAAACAUGCCAAUGUGGCCUACAAUUUGGCAUCAAGCUUGAACACCUCAGUUUUUCAUUUUUUCACCAACUCUCGAAACUCAUACAAAUCCAACGACGCGGUUAAAGUUUCAGAUGGCGUCUUGUUAAAAAACGUUUCUGAAUUAUCUCUUGAUCAAAUUUUAAAGAGUUUUGCAGUUGAGCCAUUCAAUCUUGUUAACAAGGUACAAAAACAAAAGGAUGCUAUUUUGUAUUUGGGUGAAUUAAAUGACGACUUGGUUGCAGCAGCUGAUAAGGAGAAUGUGCUACUUAUUAGUAUUUCAUUAUAUCAACCAUUUAAAUUGAGCAAUUUGUUGAAGCUAGUGCCCGCGCAUGUUGAGACAAUAACUAUUGUUGAGCAAACAAACAAUCAAUACUCAACAUUUUCUCCACUCAUGCUCGACUUUUUCAAUGACUAUGUUCAGUUUCGUUCUUUAAAGAACUUUACAAAAAUUGUUUCUUCAACUUUUGGCAGUAAUGUGCAAGCUUCAAAUGCCGUGUCGCAAUUGGUUGCAAAUGUGCACUCUCAAUCACCAAUUCAAAAUUUGCAUUACGGAAACAAUGAUGCCAAAUUGCAAAAGAAUUCCGUUUCGGAAGACGGUGCCGAACAGCAAGCUAUUUCUGAUGCUCACAAUUUGGAACAAGCAUAUUUGAAAGUGUUGCAACAAGUCAAUGAUACAAACUUGAAUAUUCUCAAUGAGUAUAACGCAGAGAAUAUUGGUGUGGAAACUAAUCCUGAAUAUGGGUUUGGUUCAUUUUUGUACGAUCAAGAGCAACAAGAGACUUUGAAGAAAUUGGUGCAAUCUGCAUUAAAAGAAAAUAAGUUUCAAACUUCUGACAAUCAGAAAUUGACCAAUUUGCUUUCAGGUUGGUUGGUUGAGUUGCAACAAAAUGGUCAAGUAGAAGACAGGAUUCCACUCGAAAUCACUACAUUGUUAAAAACUGAUACCUCGUCAACAACUGCCAAGGAAUUGCUUGCUUUGUCUCAAUACUUUAUUACAAAAAAGAACUGGAUCAUUGGUUCAGAUGCGUGGGCUUACGAUUUGGGUGCAUCUGGUGUUCAUAGCGUUAUUUCUUCAGGAAGAAAUAUCAAUAUGUUGAUCAUUGACUCAGAGCCAUACCAAGACAAAAAGAAUGAAAAGACUGUUAAUGGGUUUAGAAAGAAAGAUGUUGGUUUGUACGCAAUGAAUCACGGUGAUUGUUAUGUAGCUUCGGUUGCAGUGUACUCGUCGUAUACUCAAGUUUUGCAAGCUUUUAUUGAAGCUGAGAAAUUUGAUGGACCCUCGAUUAUCUUGGCUUACUUGCCUUACCACAAGGAAAGUGAUGAUACCUUGCUGGUCUUGCAAGAGACCAAAAAGGCCGUCGAUAGUGGAUUUUGGCCAUUGUACAGAUACGAUCCUUUUGCCAACAAAGAAGAAGAUGUUUUUAAAUUGGAUUCGUCAAAUCUCAGGAAGCAACUUUCUGAUUUCCUUGACAAAGAGAAUAGGUUAACUUUGCUUGCAGCCAAGGAUCCGCUCUUGUCUAGGAAUUUGACUACAACAGCUACUACUGAGGUCAAAUCAAAACAGGCUAAGAUAGCUGAUGACUCUUAUGCGCUUUUGUUGCAAGGACUCUCUGGUCCUCCAUUAACUGUUGCUUUUGCUUCUGACGGAGGUAAUGCCGAAGGUUUGGCCAAGAAAAUCAAUAGGCAAGCUUUGGGAAGAGGCUUGAAAUCAGUUGUGUUGCAAAUGGAUGAUUUAUCAAUUGAAGACUUGCCAAAUGAGACAAAUGUUGUGUUUGUUACCUCGACUUCUGGUCAAGGUGAAUUUCCUACCAAUGGUAAGCAAUUCUGGGAUGCUAUCAAAAAUGCAAAUGACUUGGAUUUAUCUGGUAUCAGAUACUCUGUAUUUGCCUUGGGUGAUUCGCAAUAUUGGCCAAGAAAAGAAGACAAGCACUAUUACAACAAGCCUGGUAAAGAUUUGAACGCCAAAUUAAAAUUGUAUGGUGGUGUUGAAUUGGCGGAGAUUGGUUUAGGAGAUGAUCAGGAUGCCGAUGGAUUCUCUACCGGGUUUAAUGAAUGGAUUCCUAAGAUUUGGGAGGCAUUGGGUGUCAGCAAUGUUGAAGGUGUUGAAGAACCAAAACCAUUGACCAAUGAGGAUAUGAAAAUUGGUUCCGAUUACCUAAGAGGUACUAUUGCAGAAGGAUUGCAAGACAAGUCUACUGGUGCAAUUUGUGCCGUUGACCAGCAAUUGACCAAAUUUCACGGUAUUUACAUGCAGGAUGAUCGUGACGUGAGAGAAGAACGUAAAGCGCAAGGUUUGGAACCAGCAUAUGCAUUCAUGGUGAGAGUGAGGCUUCCAGGUGGUAUUGCAAGUCCUAAACAGUACUUGAAAAUGGAUGAAUUGGCUGAUGAGAGAGGUAAUGGUACUUUGAAAUUGACUACAAGAGCCACAUUCCAAUUGCAUGGUGUUGUUAAGCAUGAUUUGAAGCCAGCUAUCAGAGGUAUGAAUGCAGCAUUGAUGGAUACUUUGGCAGCAUGUGGUGAUGUGAACAGAAACGUUAUGGUCUCAGCAUUGCCCAGCAACGCUAAGAUCCACGGCCAAGUUUCGGAAACUGGUACUUUAUUAUCAAACUAUUUGCUUCCAAGCACAACUGCAUAUCACGAGAUUUGGUUAGAAGGUGAGUUGCCUUCUGAUAAACCUGGUGAUAGGGAGACAUGGGAGAAUAGAAAAGAUGGUCCACAAAAGAAAAAAACCUUGAUUGCAGGAAAUGUUCUUGCGGAUGUUGAACCUCUUUAUGGACCAACUUAUUUACCAAGAAAGUUUAAGAUUGUCAUUACUGUUCCACCAUACAACGAUGUUGACGUUUAUGCGCAUGAUAUUGGUUUGAUUGCUAUUGUUGAAGACAAUGAUGUUGUUGGAUUCAACGUGUUGGCAGGAGGUGGAAUGGGUUCGACUCACAACAAUAAGAAGACAUAUCCAAGAACCGGAUCUAUGCUUGGGUUCAUCAAAAGAGAUCAAAUUCAUGUUGCUUGUGAAAAGAUUAUGUUGGUGCAAAGAGACUUUGGUGAUAGAACUAAUAGAAAACACGCUAGAUUGAAGUAUACUAUAGAUGAUUUGGGAGUUGAGGUGUUCAAGUCCAAGGUUGAGGAGUUGUUGGGUUACAAGUUUGAGCAACCUAGAGAUUUCAAAAUUGAAAACAAUGUUGACCAUUUUGGCUGGUGUAAGGAUGAAUUGGGAUACAACCAUUUCACCGCUUUUAUCGAAAAUGGUAGAAUUGAGGAUACUCCAGAGUUGCCUCAAAAAUCGGGAUUGAAAAAGAUUGCCGAAUAUUUGCAGAAUAACAACAAGUCGGGUGAAUUCAGAUUAACCGGUAAUCAACAUUUGCUUAUAUCGAAUAUCAAGGAUGAAGAUUUGCAAGAUAUCAAGGAUUUGAUGGCCAAGUACAAGUUGGACAAUACCGAGUUUUCAGCAUUGAGAUUAUCUUCAGCAGCAUGUGUUGCAUUCCCAACUUGUGGAUUGGCAAUGGCUGAAUCCGAGCGUUAUUUGCCGAAAUUGAUCACCAAGCUUGAAGAACGUUUGGAAGAUUUUGGCUUGAGACAUGACUCUGUGGUGAUGAGAAUGACUGGUUGUCCUAAUGGAUGUGCUAGACCUUGGGUUGCAGAAGUUGCAUUGGUUGGAAAAGCAUACGGUGCAUACAAUUUAAUGUUGGGUGGUGGUCAUCAUGGUCAAAGAUUGAACAAGAUCUACAGGUAUUCGAUCAAGGAAGACGAAAUUCUUGAAAUAUUGUCAAACUUGUUUGAGAGAUGGAGUAAAGAAAGAAACGAGGGUGAGCCAUUCGGUGAUUGGUGUAUAAGAGCUGGUGUGAUUAAAGAGACCACUGAAGGUAAAUACUUCCACGAUGACAUCCCAGAAGAUGCUUAG